AUGAUCAGAUCUCAAGUUAUAUUCGAAAACACGGACAUUUCGGAUUCUGAAAGUGAACAAGAAAAAUAUAUAGAUGAAGAAGACGCAGGAGAACGUGAACCUACUCUUAUAAUCAUACCAAACAAGGCAUGGAUUGAUCAGUACAGCUGGACCGCCUACAAUGCAGUAAUGGACACAUUUGCUACCUAUGAUCUUCCACCGAAUCAACGCAGAGAUAAAAACUCUCGUUGUAUGUUUCACUUUAAGGAAACCUCCGAGUUUUUUCGUGUUCGAAAUGAAAUCAGGGACAAAAAUUUGGCAUCAAAUGCUUUUUGCAUACCAUUUAGUCUUCGUGAAUUAUUUCAAAAUGAGCCAAACGUUCAACUUGAACCGAUAGGUAAUGCAUGGAUUUUAAUGAAAGUUGGAUCCAAAUAUUGUGACCAUGGAUGUGAUAGAAACUUUUUUAAAGUUACAUAA